CGUCCUCUGUAGGGCUCGCUCGCGCGCGCUCCUUAUGUCUGAUUCGUCUCGCGCUGCCGCCGUCGCUACUGCCGCUCGCGUCUCCUCAGAGCCCGCGUGAGCUGGGGCGAACUCGAGGCUGUCUCUGCCUCCGGCGUUGCAGUCGCCACGGAGCCGUUGCCAUGGCGGGGGGUCCGGCUCGCGCUGCUUUCCGCGCCCUCCCCCCGCCCGUUAGGCUGGCGCUGCUGGCGCUGGUGCUCGGGGGCCAACGGGGGGCCCAAGCUUUAUUGUGCUUGUGCUCUGACUGCAAUCAAGCCAAUGCCACAUGUGAAACAGAUGGUGCCUGUAUGGUCUCAAUAACAAAUGUGAAUGGGAUGAAGCAUCACACCCGGACCUGUAUUCCUGAAGUAAAGUUGAUUCCUGCUGGAAAACCAUUUUUUUGCCUUAGUUCAGAAGCUGUACGCAACACACAUUGUUGCUACUCUGACUACUGUAACAAAAUUGAUCUUAUGGUACCCAGUGGACAUUGGAAGGAUGAUAAAACUCCUUCAAUCUGGGGACCUGUGGAGUUGGUAGCUGUCAUUGCAGGACCGGUCUUUCUUGUGUUCAUCAUUAUGAUUAUAGUAGUUUUUGUCUUUCAUCACCAUCCGCGUGUGUACCACAAUCGUCAGCGGUUGGACAUGGAGGAUCCAUCUUGUGAGAUGUGUCUAUCCAAGGACAAGACCCUGCAAGAUCUAGUCUAUGAUUUGUCUACUUCUGGCUCCGGCUCAGGUUUGCCACUGUUUGUCCAGCGCACUGUGGCUCGAACAAUAGUCCUCCAGGAAAUAAUUGGCAAAGGUCGCUUUGGGGAAGUGUGGCGUGGCCGAUGGCGUGGUGGUGAUGUAGCUGUGAAAAUUUUCUCAUCACGGGAAGAGCGAUCUUGGUUUAGAGAAGCUGAAAUCUAUCAAACAGUCAUGUUGCGCCAUGAGAACAUUCUGGGAUUUAUUGCUGCAGACAACAAAGAUAACGGCACUUGGACACAAUUAUGGCUGGUCUCUGAUUACCAUGAGCAUGGCUCUCUGUUUGAUUACCUCAACCGAUAUACUGUAACUAUUGAAGGAAUGAUUAAAUUGGCUCUGUCUGCUGCCAGUGGUUUGGCACAUCUGCACAUGGAAAUUGUGGGGACCCAAGGAAAACCUGGGAUUGCACACCGGGACUUGAAAUCCAAAAAUAUAUUAGUGAAGAAGAAUGGAACUUGUGCCAUUGCAGACCUGGGUCUAGCUGUCCGUCAUGACUCUGUUACUGAUACAAUUGACAUUGCCCCUAACCAGAGAGUUGGAACAAAACGUUACAUGGCCCCUGAGGUUCUUGAUGAAACAAUAAACAUGAAGCAUUUUGAUUCAUUUAAGUGUGCGGAUAUCUAUGCCCUUGGCCUGGUUUACUGGGAAAUUGCUCGUAGAUGCAACUCAGGAGGUAUUCAUGAAGAAUAUCAGCUCCCAUACUAUGACCUUGUGCCGUCUGACCCGUCCAUUGAAGAAAUGAGAAAAGUUGUAUGUGAACAGAAACUACGACCUAACAUUCCCAACUGGUGGCAGAGUUAUGAGGCUUUGCGAGUUAUGGGGAAAAUGAUGCGUGAGUGCUGGUAUGCCAAUGGAGCAGCACGGCUAACAGCCUUACGCAUCAAGAAAACUCUUUCUCAACUCAGUAUCCAGGAAGAUGUGAAAAUUUAGACUGCAAGCACCAUCUUGAGGAAAGUGCACAAAAAGCUGCCAUGCUAGAAUUGAUGUGGUGAAGAAGGCCUACCUCGUCUUUCUAUUCAGCCUGCUGCUAUCAACUGGACAGCUUGGCCUGCAGGUGGCCAGGUGAGGAGGAUGGACAUUCGAGACUUCACUCAUUUCCUCAUUCAAGAGUGAAAGACAUCUUUUUCUCAUCCCCUCCUGAGAGCAUUCUGAGGGGCUUGUAUAGGGGAAUGUCAGCCACAGUAUAACCUUGUUUCUCUUAUGGAAAUCCCUGUAAAUUUGAGUGAUGUGCUGAUUAGGGAAAGCCUUAUGGCUUGGGAGAAGAAGAUACUUUCUUAUGGAUUAAAAAGUGUGUCAGGGGGAAGGUUUUGAGGACUGACAUGUACACACAGGCACCUUGUGUGCACCUCUGUCCGGCCAUACAGUGGCCCUUUUCUAGCUCAACAGAUCCUAAGCCAGAACUACAGCGUGUGCAUGUGCAAAGGUACGUGUCCCUUUGCCCCGUAGGUAUGUAUUGUGUCUGCUUGUGCUCCUGUGCAUGUGAAAAUGUAGAGUGUCCUUUUGUGAAGUGCAGGUGCUAAUUCCCUAUUUGUCACUAGCUGAUAAUUAGCUAUCUUCUCACUAGGAAGGAGUAGGGUUCUGCCCUGCCAAAUAGUAGACCUACUUUGGGCACUGUACAAAUUGUUUCACUGCCAUUCUUCCCCUCUUUUUUUUCAAAGCAGGGAAAUAUUUUGAUUAUGUGUGUUUGUUUUUAGUUUAAGAUUCUCCCAUAAUGGGUAGCAAUGAUUACCUAGCAAGCAGAAAGAAUUGCGGAAGAAUUAAGUGUCCGCUGAAAUUGGUGCUUUCCUAGUUAAAGAAAGGCAAACAAAAUUGACCAUAUAGGAUCAUUGCCCUUCCAUUUCUCAAGGUGCCUUUGGCAGAACAACUCCGGUGUUUUACAUUUCUCUACAGAAUGAAAUGGCUAUGGAGAAAUAUGCACUCAGAGACUUCCUGGCAACAUUUUUCCUUCAAGGAACAAUGACUGCAAAACAAAGCUUGUGUGCGUGUGUGCGCGCGUGUGUGUGUGUGCGUGUGUGUACGUAAGUGUAUGUGUAUAUAGAUAGAUAUAUAGAUAUAAUAUGAUCUCCCUUAUUCUGGAAGCUACUUUGUGUCACUUGGGCAGGGGGUGGGGUGGGAUAGGGAAGGAUUGGGAAUGGAUUAACUGCAUGCAUUUUGUUUGAAUUAAAUGAUCAGGGCAUAGUAGGACUGAUUUGGCUGUCACAUUUUUUUGUGGGGGGAACAGCCUGAGAUUGUAUUGUGAUGCAAAUAAUGCAUUAGAAACUCCAUUAUGUGUAGGUUGGGUGUUUGAUAGAUAACUCCUGAAGCCAUAACUUUUAACUGGAGUGGUUUGAUUAAUUUUUUUAAUUCUUAUUUUAAUGGAGGGGCUGGAUUUUAACUUUUUUUACUAUUCUUUAUAAGAGUAAAAUAGAUAAUUACCUCUCAUUCUGUUUAUAAAGAAAUCACUGCAAAAAAAGAGAAAAAAAAACUGAGAAAUGCACACAGCUCAAUUUUACACUGGAACUGUUUCUAUACAAACCAUGAGCCCUUGACUUCUAAGAGGAGGAGUUACCCCUUCUUAGACAGGGGAUUUUAUAAGAAUAUAAAACAUUCUGUAUUUGUUGUUUGUCAGUAUGGGCAUGUGUUUGUCUUUCUUCCCUCUCCCCUAACCUUUCUCGUGUCUUUGAGUGUAUCGGUAUAUACAUUGCAGAGUUUUGCAUUGUGUAUUGGAGUCAAUUUGACAUGUUCCUUUGAGUCUGUAACAAGUUGUAGCUUCCUUUAAGGCUGUGUUUUGAAAAUCUCAGGCGCUUUUGUUUGUAGACAGAUGUGGGAUUUGUGCUUCUGAUUGUAAAACUUGCCUUUUUCUGUUAUUUUGGUCUGAUCAUUUCUGAGCCAGAGACCACCACAAAUCUCUAGCAGAGGGAUACCAUUUACUAAAAUCCUCCUUGUAUUCUGAUCUAAAAUAAAAGGCACCUUGAAAUUUAUUUUAAUCAUAUAUUUUCAUAAAUAAGAAAUGGCAUCUAUGAUUGCUGGAGUUGGAAUUGAAAAAGAUAUAUCACGAAGAUUUACACUUGGCGCUCAGGUAAUGGAAAUGUUCGUGUGUAUAAUUUCACUGUCAAAUCCACCUCCAUUUAAAAAGAGCCAUUUGAUUAUCAUGGAUAAGUUGAAGAUUUUAAGUGAUAGUCAUGAAAUUAGCUUGAGGCUAAAAAGUAUGUACUUCCCUUAAGCAUAUUUGUUUCCAAGUAUUCCCAAGUGGUAAAUAAUUUUGCCAGAGUGUGUGUCCUAUUUCUGUUCACACUUCUUGACAUUUUACUCCUAAAUCUGCAGCUUAGAGGCAGAUAAUCAUGUUUCAUAUAAAGUCAGUUUAAAUCGGAGUAUAAUUCCCCAAUUAUGCCUUAUAGUAAUUUGCUACAAAUAUAACAUUUGUUGCUUCUUUCUCAGAGUAAAUCAGCUCUAGUUCUGUAUGAAAGGCUAUUUAUUUAUGAUUUUAACAAUACUUAUAACCUGCCUCAAUCCCAAAAAAACUGGGUGGUGUACAACAUCAAACCAAAAAAAACCUCAUAACAAUAAAUAGCUAAAUUCAGAAUACUUGUCAAUAAUAAAAAAUAACCACAGAGAGCAGAAAUAAAAAGACAGUCAGCUUGGACCAAAAGUGCAUUGAAAUAAAAUAGCUUUAACCUGUUUACAGAAUUGCAGCAUAAGUUGGAGGAUGUUAUAAACCUCACAAGGGGAGAGAACUCUCAACAGACACUCUCUUGAUGACUAAACCAGUGAGCAGAUUCAAUUCUGCUAUGGUAUUGCCUGAAUGUGCCAUUUAGGGCUUCAAGGCUAAAGGCCAGCACUUUGAAUUGGGCCCAGAAGCCUGCUGGCUACCUAUGCAGGACCUUUGAUAUAGGUAUUUCUGGCUAGAUGGGGCUGUCCUACCAAUAAUCUUACUGCCAUAUUUUGUAUCAGCUACAGCUUCCAGAUUGUCUUCAAAGGCAGCUGCAUGCAGUGCAUGUUGCAGUAGUCUAAUCAAAUAGUGAUCAAAGUAUGAGUUACUGAAGUCAGGGCAUCCUGUUCCAUGUAGGAUUAUAAGUGGUGCAUAAGCCAAAUCUGGGCAAAGGCCCUCCUGGCCACAAUUUCCACCAGCCAUUUAAGCAGGAGUUGUGAGUCCAGGAGGACUCCAAGUCAACAACCACAUCGUUCAGGGGGGACAUAAUCCAGUCUAGAGUAACAACUGGCACUGAUGUCGGGAUGUCCCAAUCUUUACUGACCAUUAGCAACCCCAUCUUACAGAAUUUGAUGUGAGCUUAUCUUGCCCCAUCCAAACCUCUCAGAUGCUAAUUCAAGAUUUCCAUAGGGUUGUGAAGUAUAACUGAGCAUUGGUAUACUGCUGAUAUCUCAGCUUGAGCCAGCAGAUCAUCUGUCCCACCAGUUAGAUGUUAAACAACAUGGAACCCUGAGGGAUCCCACGCUGAAGCUCCAUGGACUCAGGUGCAUCUCCACCAGGGUCACUGACUAUGAUCACACACUCAGGUAGGAGCAGAACCAUUGUAAAAUGGUGUCUCCAACUCCCUGUAAGAAGGAUACCAUGGUAUUGUUAGUGGUAUUGAACCCGCCAAGUUCUAAUAAAUAGAGGGGUAUAUUCCCCCCACCCCAUCUGCAUCUGAAGAAAGGUUAUCUAUCAGGACAACCAGUGCCAUUUCUAUCCCAUAACCAGGCCUGAAUCCUGACUGAAAAUGAUCCAGAUAAUCUGCUUCCUCCAGGAUCUUCUCUAACUGAUUCCCCACUACCUUCUCAACGCUCUUCCCUAAGGAUAGAAUGCAGAUAGGGCAAAAUUUAUCAAACACAGCUGGAUGCAGGGUUUACGUCUUCAGCUACCUCCCUCAAAGCAGGCAGCAUCAACUUAUCCCUCAAAGAAGCAUUGAUAACCUCCCAGAUCCAGCUGGUCACACUCUGUCUAGCCACCCAAAGGAGCCAGAAGGGUAAUGAAUCCAACAUACAGGUGGCAGGUAGUCAGACUACAGAGGAUUCUAUCUGCUUCCUUGGGUUCCACAAGCUCAAAAUAAUCCAGAUCAUAUCACAAGGUGGCACCCCAUUCACCACAGUAGGCUCUGGCAUCCAAACCAGAGAGGAUAUGACCCAUUUUAUUCAUUAAAAAAUUCAUCCAACAGAACUGGACUCUUGGGCAAGAUUUUUUUUCUUUGCAUUAUCAUGACAAACUAAAAAUGACUAAAGAAUCAUUUUCCCUAGUUUUGCCUGCAGACUGCAGGCAUUUCAGACUGCAGGCAUGUUCAAAAAGGGCCCUCAAAUUGCAUCAUUUUAAUAAAGUAAGGAUGGAUGCUCCUUUAGGACAUUUCUUUAUUGUCCAUGUAUCCAGUGAGAUGUGGAAGUUAGCUACUGCAGUUGGCAUCUUUAACUAAGAGGAGCAAAUAUCCUGUUUACUUUGAUACAAGCGUGUUAAUGUUCCUAACCAUUCCUUCAUAAUUACUUAAAAAAAAAAAAAAA